UCCCCUAUAUAAAUAUCACUUCAUAACAUCUCCAUUACCAUCUCAAAACCAACUCUCUAGCAAAUCCAACUUCAAAAACAGAUAACUAAACCCUAUUUCAUAUAUAUAAAAAAAUUAAAUUGAAUAAUCGAUGGAUCGUGUAGUGAAGGUGGCAUCACAAAAGGCAGUGGUGAUAUUUAGCAAGAGUUCAUGUUGCAUGUGCCAUGCAAUUAAGAGGUUAUUUUACGAACAAGGUGUUAGCCCUAUGAUUUAUGAGCUUGAUGAAGAUAUUAAUGGCCGUGAAAUGGAGAGAUCUCUUCUCAGGUUAGGCUGUAGCCCGGCUGUACCAGCCGUGUUUAUUGGUGGUAGAUUUGUGGGAUCAGCCAACACUGUCAUGACACUUCAUAUCAAUGGUUCACUCAAGAAGAUGCUUAAAGAUGCAGGAGCUCUAUGGCUUUAGUAAUGAGAGAGCCUUUGCUAUAUAUAAACAAGGCCUCUUUUUUUUUGGGCUCUUUUUCCUUUUAAAUUUUGCACUUUAUGUCAAACUUCUCUCUUCAUGGCUUUUUAUAUAGGCCAUGAUCUUUAUGGGAAGUUACAAAUGUUGAAUGCAAUUUCUGUUUAAAAUGGAAAUGCAACAAUGUUUAUAAGUGUGUACUGUGUAGUACUAUCUCUUCACUCAUAUCUUUAUGAAUUUCUUAUAUGU